CUAAACGUCUUUAAUGCCCUCAUCGCUCUCUCCCCCGCUCUGUUAUUACCACACCUUCUCAUAGUAGACUUGGAAAUAUUUUACCAUUCUUGUUUUUCUAUAUAAUAAGAUCAAUACCACAUCAAGUCUCCAACCACCUAGCUACCAGCCUAGAGCAGGAACAUUAAUGGUGGUGCACACUAUCUCUCAUACUUCACAUACCCUAAAUCUCUUCACUCUCAAGAUCUAGAGAGAAAAUCCAUUGAAUUAGAACAGUCUGUCUUCCAUAAUUACUCUUUCUUUCUAUAAAUCUUCUCUCUUGUGUUCUUACAUCUCUUGUAAACUCAUUCUUUAUCACUAUCUCUCUUCUCUAGCUAUUUCCGGCAAAUUUCUCAAUUUUUUUGUGUGUCAAAUAAUGGAAAUAUCCACUGCUCUGAUGAUUCUUUCAGCCAUCACGGCUUACUUCUUAUGGCUCACAUUCAUAUCUCGUUGUCUUAAAGGUCCACGGGUCUGGCCCUUAGUUGGGAGUCUCCCUGGUCUAAUCGAGAACUGCGAGCGAAUGCACGACUGGAUAUCCGACAACCUCCUCGCUUGCUCCGGUACGUAUCAGACAUGCAUCUGCGCUAUUCCCUUUCUAGCGAAGAAACAAGGUCUGGUAACGGUCACGUGCGACCCAAGAAACCUCGAGCAUAUUCUCAAGACCCGCUUUGAUAAUUACCCUAAAGGUCCAACAUGGCAAGCCGUUUUCCAUGAUCUUCUAGGUCAAGGGAUCUUUAACUCCGACGGUGACACGUGGCUUUUCCAGCGCAAGACCGCCGCUUUGGAGUUCACCACAAGGACUCUCCGUCAAGCCAUGGCUCGUUGGGUUAACCGAGCUAUCAAGCUUCGUUUUCUACCUAUUCUAGAAACGGCUCGGCUCGACUCUGAGCCGAUCGAUCUUCAAGAUAUGCUUCUUCGGCUCACGUUUGAUAAUAUUUGCGGCUUGACUUUCGGUAAAGAUCCACGGACGUGUGCACCUGGUCUUCCGGUGAACACAUUCUCCGUGGCUUUCGAUCGAGCAACGGAGGCGUCUCUACAGCGGUUUAUAUUGCCGGAGAUUUUGUGGAAGUUCAAGAGAUUGGUCGGACUCGGCUUAGAAGUCAGCUUGACACGAAGCUUGGUACAAGUAGACAACUACUUGUCUGAGAUCAUUAAAACACGUAAGCAAGACCUGACGAAUAAGCCCAAUAACGAUGGGGCCCAACACGACGAUCUUUUAUCACGGUUCAUCAAGAAGAAGGAGUCUUACUCCGACGAAGUCCUCCAGCGCGUGGCGCUCAACUUCAUACUCGCGGGCCGUGACACGUCAUCAGUCGCGCUGAGCUGGUUCUUCUGGUUGAUCACGCAGAACCCGACCGUAGAGGACAAAAUCCUCCGCGAGAUCUGCACCGUCCUGAUCGAGACGCGUGGCGAUGACGUGGCGUCGUGGACGGAGGAGCCGCUCGCUUGCGAGGAGCUCGAUCGGCUUGUCUAUCUCAAGGCGGCGCUAUCGGAGACGCUGAGGCUGUAUCCUUCGGUGCCGGAGGAUUCGAAACGCGCCGUGAAGGACGACGUGUUGCCGGACGGGACCUUCGUGCCGGCGGGAUCGUCGGUGACGUACUCGAUUUACUCGGCGGGGAGGAUGAGAUCGACUUGGGGAGAUGAUUGUUUGGAGUUCAAACCGGAGAGGUGGAUCUCGCGAUCGGACGGCGGAGAGAGAUUCAUCAAUCACGAUCCGUUUAAGUUCGUGGCGUUCAAUGCUGGCCCUAGGAUCUGCCUUGGUAAGGAUCUGGCUUAUCUUCAGAUGAAGUCGAUCGCCGCGGCGGUUUUGCUCCGCCACCGUUUGACGGUGGUGACGGGGCACAAGGUGGAGCAGAAGAUGUCGUUGACUCUUUUCAUGAAGUACGGUCUGAUGGUCAACGUCCAUGACCGGGAUCUAACGGCGAUAGCUGCGGACCUGCGGAAGAAGAUAGAGAGUAAAACUAACGCCGUCGAUGCUGGAGUUGGUAACGGCGUUAAAAGUUAGGUAAGGUAGGUGAAAGCAAUCACAUCUAUCAAUCAAUUGAAUGUGGAUUAUAGUGUGGCACUCGCUUACGGGAGCGUGUCGAAUACGCGAUUCUUUGGGUCCUUCACAGCAGUGCGCCAGAUGUGGUUUAUUGAUUGGCUGCAUUAUUCGAUAGAGGUAAUUUUGCAAAGUGCGUUGUCUUUUUUCUUUUAAUCUCCCUGCGUAUUAACUUCAAUCAAAGACAGUAAAAUUUGAUUUCAUUAUUUUUGUAAGCAUCUCUCCCAUUUUGAUUUUUAAUAAACAUUAUAUUAUGAAUU